CGCUUGUGACCAAGUAAUAAUAAAUUGGAAAAUACGAGGACAUUACUCUUAUUCAUUUUAUUGACAUUUAAUUGAUAGGAAAAAGUUGCUAAAAUUUUUAGAAAAACCAUAAUGCCUCAGAAAUUGAGUCCAAGAAUCAGGAUUAGCUUUCCUUUGCUGGCUCUGACUUUACAGUGCAUAAUCAUAGUAUUAUUUGUAUUAUUUAUGGAUUACCAUGAAUACAGCCCAAAGAAAUACAUUGCCACAUAUGCAGUAUUUCAAGAUGUCAAUACAAUGAUCUUUCUUGGCUUUGGCUUCAUGGCUACGUUCCUCAAGAGGUACGGGCGGAGUGGCAUUGCGUUUAACAUGCUUCUUGCAGCCUUUGCACUUCAGUGGGCCACAAUCCUAGAAGGUUUGUUCUUUGAAUUUGAGAACUCAAAGAUACGAAUAAACAUGACCAGUGUAAUCCAUGCAGACCUGAGUGCAGUAUCUGCACUGGUCUCAAUAGGAGCAAUACUGGGAAAUACCAGUCAUAUACAAUUACUCCUGAUGGCCAUCCUGGAGGUGACAUCCUUCACUGCUAAUAAAUGGCUUCUGAAGUUUUUGUUUCAGAUUGACCGCAAAACUAGUGCCAUGUAUCUUCACCUUUUCGGAGCAAUGUUUGGAUUGACAGUGUCACGAAUUCUCUAUCGCCCAGGGCUACAAAAAGGCCAUGAAAAGAAAGGAUCACUCCCGAUAUCUGACCUCUUUUCCAUGAUUGGUACAAGCUUUCUGUGGAUGUUCUGGCCCAGUUUUAAUGCAGCCCUUCUUACUUUAAAUAGGGCAAAAGCUGUUUACAACACCUACUAUGCCUUGGCUGCUUGCACUAUUGCAACGUUUGCGAUUUCCAGUCAGAUCCAUAAUAAAGGGAAAUUAGACAUGUCACAUAUCCGCAAUGCUAUGUUGGCAGGAGGAGUUGCUGUCGGGCUUUCUGCUCCUUUGAUACCAUCUGCUUACAUUGCAAUGAUAAUCGGCUUCAUUGCUGGUGGUACUUCUACACUGGGGAUGAAAUACCUAAAGGGCACAUUGGAAGUAUAUUUGAACCUGAAUGAUACUUCUGGCAUUUUAUACACCCACGGCUUACCUGGAAUCAUAGGAGGCAUAGUGUACAUUGUCCUACUUUCAGUGCCCUCUGUGAGUGAGGAUUUGCAAAGAGUUAAGACGUCACAUACUGACUACUGGCAAACAGCCCUGUUUGUUACCAUGACAAUGGGCAUUUUAACAGGAUUUGUCACAGGUUUGAUCCUGAAGUUAAAGAUUUGGAAGCAGCCCUCUGAUUUAAAAUGCUAUGAUGACCAAAUUUAUUGGAAGUUUCCACACUUAGCAACUAUGAUCUGAAAACAUUCACCAGCAUUGUGUCUAUAUGGAAACAAUAAGACUACCGACGACAGAUGUUGAUCAAUUUCCAAAGGUUUGAAGUAAUUUCACAAGAAGUACACAAAAGAACAAAGGUCUGUUGAAUUUAAGCAAGCGAUUAUACAUGAUUGUGUCUGCUGUGCUACUGCCCAAAUGUAAUAUAAAACACAUCCAUGCAUGUUGAAAACACAUGUUAAACAAGUGGACUGUAUAAGCACUUGUCAAAACACCAGAACUUUACAUAUUGUUUGGUUGUUUCUGUUUUUGAUUAAGUAUUGUACUGAAUAUGUGAAAACUUGCAUGUCUUGAUCAUGUGUAAACUUAUAAGCUAGCAUUAAAACUGUUGAAGAAACAUUGACGUUGUAACUAUUUAGAAAAGGUGAAACUUCUUUCAUGGAAUAUUUAAGAAAUUCAUUGCACUCUGACUCAUCCAGACCAGGAAGAUUCCAUAAUCAGGACUCCAUGGUCUGUGCUGAGUUAGAUAAUGUCAACUAAGCCAACAAUAUGCUUUUGCAAUUACUUCUGUAUCCCUUGGAAAAAAACAGGAAAAAUCAGCUUGCGUUAUUAUUUCCAUCUAAGAUCUUUGGUGGAAAAAUAUCUGUGAAUAAAACAAAUCGAAUAAUCA